AUGUUGGAAGUUUGUCGUGUUUUGUCUUAUGUGGUAUGCUUAAGUGUUUCGUUUUCUGUUAUUUUCUGCGACAUGUUGGCAGAACUAGAAGAAUUAGACAAGUCAAGAGCAUGGCCACGUUUGUUUCAAGUAAGAUGUCCUUGUUUGUUUCUUAAUUUUCGCCAAAACUUGAGCAUCCACCAGUGUCUAAUGCUUACUUGCUUGCUGGUUAACUGAUUGCUGUUGUGUUUGUUGUUUCUCUAUCGUUCCUUUUUUAUUUUAUCCGAUCAAGCGACUUAAUUGGGAAGCUAGUCAGAAAGCUGGAGCUGUGACAGCGGCAAAACUUCCGGAAAACAGACAACUUAAUCGCUACAGAGAUGUUUUGCCAUGUAAGUACUUUUUACUACAGUGUAUGUCUGUGGUGAAAUAUAUUGGACCCUCCCUUUCUGAUCACCAUUUCUUUUCGUUAAAUUUGGUGUUGUAGUCCUCAUAAACUUCUCCGCUGCUUAAGAUAAUCAAAACCGUAGUUGCAGGAAGUUAUUGAAGUCUAACUGCAGCCUCAGUGAUUAUGUAGUCUAUGUAGCUAGAGAAAACAUUUUUGGUGAACUUCUUGCAUUUCUUUCCUCAAACUGCUUUAUAAAACGUAAGGUAAUGACAUUGUGUUCUCACUGUUUAUAUUCUGGGUGGCAUAUACUGUUCAGUGCAAGUUCACAAGUUCAAAACAAACACAAACUUGAGACAUAAUUGCACACCAUUGUACUAAUGUUGAGCAAUGACUAGAAAAUAAUAGGAUGAUAAAAUGUAGGCACAACUGCUCUUUAUAAAGCAUAGUAUGGUCAUAGCUAUCUAAUGAAAAUUUUACAUUUGAUCAUUUUUGUAAUAAACAGUAAAACACAGGCCUGUUGGAUGUCCUGACAGCCGCAGUACUUACUUACUUACAUACUUAUAUUUAAAUCCCCGUAGUCUUACAACUAUACAGGAUGCUAAACGAAUGUCAAUUAAAAUACAUUUUACAGGAUAUCGUAGUGCACACUUACAAAUUUAUGUACUAUAUUACUUUUGCUGUUUAUUUCACAUGACUGUGCUUCGUUUGUGUAUUUUUUCCCCUCCCCCCUACGUGUGCCCAUUCCGAGGGUUGUCCAGACUAUUUUUGAUGAAGGCAGAAACCAGCGAAUUGAUGCAGAUAAACAUUUACCCAUGUAAUUAUGUAUAUUUUUGGAGGUAAAUUUACCCGACCUUAAAAGUCUACCAAGGGUUAAUUUACCGUGAAUGAUUGAUUAAGCACCGCCACUCGAUUAAGCACCGCUCUUGAAUAAGUGCAGCACCUUUACUGAAAAUAAUUUAAUAAUUGCCGCUCUCGAAUAAGCGCUGCGGCGCUAAUUUGGGUAUUUUCAAAUUAAUGCCCCAUCUUUGCUAUGGCACUUGAUAUCGCUUGAGAAAUAAGACCUCGACCAUCUCAUGAGUUCUAAAGUUUUAAUGUAGGGAAACUCUUGAAACCAGGUUCAAAUAACAGUUCGAGGUGUACAUAUUUUAUACUUUUAGUAUAAAAUUGUGCACAUCAAGUAUGCACCUCACUUAAUUCUCUCUAUAUUCCCCUCAGUGUUUUACCCAUAGUUGAAAUAAGCGCGGCUCUUCAAUAAGCGUCGGUCACAAAUAGGUGCUGCACCUAUAACAGGGAAAAUGAAAUAAGCGCCGCAGUGCUUAAGUGAUCAUUUGCAAUAAUAAAACUUUUACCAGUGUAAUUUAGUGUAGCUAUUGUUUUCAGACUCUAAAACAGUGCCUACACUGGUAAAUUACACUUGAAGCCAGAUUUUUCUGUAUCUGGUUUAAGGUGUCGAAUGUUCUAUCAUCCCAUCAGCUAGGCCAUUUAUAAAGUGUAUCCUUUGUCAUGGUGAUAUAUUUCAAUUUUUUGUUUCAGAUGACCACAGUCGGAUCAUUUUAAAGGAGCAAUCUCCAGACUACAUCAAUGCCAACCUUGUCGAAGUAAGACUUACAAUAUUGAAAAUUCAAUUCUGUUAGUUUGUUACCACCUUUCUUUUCCCAGUCAAGAUAUUUUCAGCUUUUCCUUCAAGUCAAUAGUUAACUUAGUUUGUAUUUACAGGUUCCAAGGUUAAACCAAUCCUAUAUUCUUACUCAGGUAAGUGAAAAUAACUUAAACUAUCAUAAAAUAAGACAGAUAAUACACAUGGUUAAUUUAAUUUAUCCUUACUCUUCUUAAAAGGGAGUGGGGAAUUUGAGUAGUAUACUCCAACUUCCUCCUUUGAGCUUUUACAACAGAAAUUGAAAGAAAUAGUAGCAAAUGUCGGAGCAAAUAAAACAGAAAUUGUCUCUAGUAUGUUUUUGAAUGUAGGCAAUCUUAAGUCAAGGUGACAAACGUUGCAUUAAAACACAUCUUUGUCAACUGGCUUUAAACUAAAUUACAUUUAUUCUGUUUAUAUUGCAUUGAGGUAACUCCAUUAUGGAUAAGUGAUGGAUGGUUUAUUGACUGUUUUUAUUGUGUAUCCAGGGACCCUUGCCGCAUACCGUAGAACACUUCUGGCAGAUGAUAUGGGAGCAAAACAGUGCAGCUGUUGUAAUGUUGAACAAGGUGGUUGAGAAAAAUCAGGUUAGUUUGUGUACGGUACAUCUGAACAUGGCACAAGUGGUAUAAUUGCAGUUCAGAUAAUUUGCUAUCCUCUAUAAAGGACUAACUAAGUGUAGUUAGUGUUAGUAAUGGCACAUCAAACGAAAAGCAGAUGAACCUUUAUUUGAAUUGCGUUUUGGCGCAUGAUGAUUUCCAUCUCAAACGGUCGUAAAUAUCCUUCGCUCUGAUUGGCUUGCUUGCGGACUAAGUUUUUGUAGAGACUGGAUUAGAUUACACGUACAAUCUUAUUGGUCAAAACAGGGACUAAGUUUGCGAAAAAAUCAUCUUAAAUAUAUCUGGAGUCUCAUUGGUUGAUUCAGGUCCACUAAGAUCCUAGAGAUCACAAGUACAUUUUUAAAAGGAGAAGUACAUUUUUAAAUGGAAUUGUGUUUGGAACAAUAUUGUUGGAAAAGGCUUGGAGAAAAAACAUUAAUUGUUUUAAUAUAAUAACUUUUUUGAUCAUACAUAUACUUACAGUAACUUGUAGCUUUCAUGCUCUAAGUUGACCAGGCAUACUGUUAUUGUGGUCAACUUGGGACACAAAAGCUGCAAGUUACUGUAUGUGGAUGAUGAAAACAAGAAUUAUUUUAAAAUAAAUGCUCACUUGUUCCUUAAUCAACCAUUUAUAUAAAUUCCUUUUUGCUGUGUUACAGAAAAAGUGUUUCCAGUAUUGGCCUUGUGGGGAAGUAUAUGGUCAUGUUGAUCAAAUGGAGUUUGGAAAUUUUAGAAUCUAUUACAUUCAGGAAAAAGGGGACGAGUUCUUUACUAUCAGAACACUGGAACUAGAAAGUGUGCAGGUGAGUCUUUGUGAGCUACAUUCUUUUAUAGGACGUAAUGAACACAGUGACCAAUGUUAAAUUUUGCAUUAAACCAUCAGUGAAAUCUUAUUUUCUGACAGUUUGUAACUAGGACAAAAUUUAUUCCUUGAGAUAUUUACUUUACAAUUAUUUAUUUAUUUAUUUAUUACCAUAAGAAAACAAGAGAUUAAUUCCAAAAGGAUUGUCUGUAAUAAAGGCUAAAGUCCCCUUUUACAAGCAGACCACUUUACUAUAAAAAAGUUCAAAAUAACAAGAUCAUUGCUGGUAAAAAAGAAACAGUUCUAAUUUUUAAUCAGUAUGCAUAACAAAUAUACAAAAAAUAUCUUAAAAUAAGCUUAUAUUCAGGUUUAGGAUAAAAUUGACCAAUUCAGUUAGUAUUCUUUGAGAGGUUUGUCACGGCACUAUGCUUCUGGGAUAGUAACAAUGAAACAUGUGGAACAUUAAGGAUGGCAGCAGGAUGAGAAGCACUAUAACCUGUGAUAUGUAGUGUUGAGUGCUUCAUGUCAGAGUUGCUACCUGCUGUAUGUUGCUGAUGUUUUCCUUUCUUUUUUUUUAUAGUCAGGAGAGAAACGUGUCAUAUAUCACUUUCAUUAUUUUACCUGGCCAGACUUUGGAGUGCCAACAUCACCUGCUACUUUUCUAGCAUUCCUUUUUGAAGUGCGCAAGGCAGGAGUGUUAUCAUCAGAUGUAGGGCCUUGUGUAAUUCACUGCAGGUGUGUUAGAUGGACUCAGCUUUUUAUAACGUAAUCAGCAGUUGAACUCUGUUGAUCAUUUUUAAAGGUGCCCUGAUAAUUUUGAGAAAAAAGUAAAAAUGCUGUAUUUUACUGUAGCCUCGGCAAAUAUUUUCCUGGCAUUUCCCUCAAUUUUCUGCACAGAGGUAUUUAUAAAUUUUAGAGGAAUAUAUCCCUAUAUGUUUUUUCAUUUUGUUGCACUAACUGUUUAUCUUUACAUUUAGUGCUGGAAUUGGGAGGUCAGGAACAUUUGUCAUGGUGGACUCUAUUUUAAAGGAGGUAGCUAUAGAUAAUAUUAAUUUUUUGCAUCAUUGGAAAUUUAAAAUGUUAUUCUACAAAAACGCUUUCUCUAUCAGAUUUUUGUUUCUAGUUUUUAAAAGAAAGCACUGUGACUUGCAGACAGAGUCAAGUUUACCAUUGUCCUUAAAGUUGAUUACGUAAUUAAAAUUAAUUAAUUAAUUAGCAACCGGAUGAUGGUGAGGAGGAGGAUUUGGUUAACUUAAAUAAGAGCAAUUCCAAACUUUCUAAUCUUAUUGAAUAUAUAUACCUGCAAUUCUGUGCAUUUGUUGGGCAGAUUGAAUACGCAGAAGAUAUGGAACAGAUCAGCAUCACUGAUGUGUUGUUAGAAGUGCGUCAGUACAGAGCAGGUCUUAUCCAAACACCAGAUCAGCUACGCUUUACAUAUCUGGCAAUUCUAGAGGGUGCAAGGGUUCUGAUGCCUGAAAUAUUUAAGAGAGCUGUGAAUCACCACUUACAGAGCAGUGCCACUGGUAUGUUUUAAUAGUUAUUAUGAAAUUGUAAAUGUGGUCUUUCUCUUUGCAAGUUGGUUAGAACAUCAGAUUGUAAAAUGAUUUAUGUGGAAUAAUUCAUUUUCCAUCUCCAAUUUACUUUGGCUGAUCAGUGAAAACCAAAAAAUUAUGAAAAUUUUAAGAGAGUUUUUCUUGUGUAAGCAUGAUAAGUAUUUAUCCAGAAGUUUAUGGCCAUGAGCUAGCUGAAUCAUUUACUUUGUUUUUAGGGGAAAAUGAAAGUCAUGAAGAGACUGUAGAGCAGAACAGUCGAGCAUCUACAAACCAAGAGGAUUCUGGAGAGGAGACACCUCCUCCCUUGCCACCACGUCGCAGGCUUGAGGCUGCUGCUGCAGAUGAACCAGAAACAAAGAGAAGCCGUCCAGUUGAGCAUGGUAUGUCAAAAACUGUGGCAUCCACCCAGAAAAUGGACAAACGCAAGAGCAAGUCACAAAGUUUAUUCCAUUACUUGAAAAGAAAGAGGAAGAUGAAGGCAGAUAGUAAAGCUGAUAGACAGAUGACCAGAAAUUGUCAGGGUAGUUGUUGAAAUAUUCAAUUAUAAAUGUGCAGCUGAUGAUAAAAAUCAGCUAAAUAUAUUAAUAUUUAUAUUACCAGUAAUUAAUAAAUAUAUUAUAUAUUUGUAAUGUACACUAGUAUAAAUUAUGAUGAUUGCUUCACAAAAAGCAUGAAACUGUGAGUAGCAAUUAAUGUUCAAGACCAUUGGCUCUGCUCCAACAGUCUACUUUUUAUAGCCCCCAACAUGAUCAAUGGCAAUUAGCCUCCCACUCUGGGGUGAGUCUGUCCAUUAGCUAACUAACCAUUUGUCAUUGACUGUGACAGACAAACCAGGCACUAAUGGAAAACCAUAUGAACAGCAAAAAAAUAUUUAAUGAAAUGGUGAAAGGUUAACAAACCGUUUUCAAGACAUUGGGAUAAUAAUUACUGUUUGGCUGACUGCUUGAACAGAGUGACUCACUCUCUGAACUGUUUGGUUACUGAACUGCUCAAAUGGUUCAGUCAGCCAUUCAAACAGAUGAAUAAAACAUUCAAACAUAUUGCAAAUGCUGCCUAUCAAUUGAUGGAUGUUUGGAAGUGUUCAAAUUGACAAUUAACAGUUAUCCCCUUGAAACAGAUAUUUAGCCUUUCAUGGUCUUGCUCACCAUAAUAAUAAUAAUAAUUAUUAUUAUUAUUAUGAUAAUGAUGUAUUAUAAUAAUGAUAAUAAUAAUAAUGUUUAUUGCUUAUAUGAGACAAUUAACAUAAUUAUUAUUAUACAUGUGGCUGGACAAAUUAAUUGGCAUUAGUUUUGCUCAGCAGACAGAUUGUGCAGGCACAGGUUCUGGAAAAAUCCCAUUGGAAAUAAUAUUUUGUAACUCUAUUUUUUACCCACACUUGCUACUGACACCUUUCUUAUUUCUCUUCUGAGCUCAAAAUGUGCAAGGCUGUCGGCUUCCACAGAGCGGACUCCACUUGUGCAACAUUUAUAGCUUUGGGUCUGGUUAUUUUCAGAGAUGUUUAGUUCUAAGCAUUUUAUAUCAAAAUCCUGCAUAAUUUUUUCAGUGCUGCACACCCUGACAUAUUGCAUCUUUAGAUUAUCUACUUAAGUUGAAGAAACUGAGUUAUUUUCCUUGUGUCCAUAUUAGUGCACUAUUGUCUAUUAUGGGAUAUUUAUCUCUUCAAAGUAUGCUGGAGCUUGUUAACAAAACUAACAUCAGUUUUGCUUAAAUAAGGCUUGGUCAGCUAUGCUUUUUUACAUAUUAAAUUUAUGGCUUCUGACUGCACAUGAUCAAUACUUAAAGCUAAUGACAGUUUGUUGUUGGGUAAUGUUACAGAGCCAGAACCUGAAAAAGAUGUAUUUUCAGACAGCAGUGAUGGUUCAGAUGAAAUCAUUGACUUAUCUUCGAUAUCAGACUCAGAACCUGAACAAGAGUCUGUCCAGGUCAAUGAGGAAGAUGUUGACAGUAAACUUGAGGAGCCUGUAGCCCAUGAGCCUAGCAGUAAAGAGCUUGAGGUAACAUAGUGGUACUCAGUACUUACAUGUUCAGUUUUUGGGAUUCAUGUUGGCCAAGUGGUUAACUCAUGGUCAAACUAAGGACCAGUAGAUCUGAGUUUGAUCCUUGCAAGUUUGUUGUUUCCUUAUACAUGAAAGAAUUUCUGUUACAAUUUAUCCCUGUUUGCCACAGUGUACAAAUCAAUGGGAACCAGGAUAAUACUAGUACUCUAACUGGACUAAGUUCUGGGAAAAGAUCGGGCUAUUAGUGAAGCGAGCUGGUCAUUGGCUUGUUGUGCAACUUUACCACGAAAUCAUUUCCUCUUUGUUGUUAAAAGAUGUUACUAAGUGAUGUUGGUUGGAAUAUGAAAGUGAAAGAGACCUUUAGAUUCAAGAACGAGGACAGCUACAAGGACAAAACAAGACUUAAUUUUUUUUGCCUAAUUCUCCAAAAAAAAGGCACCCGAGAAAGAUUCAUUUUACUUUUUUCACUAGAAAAAUUAAAACUGUUUAUUUUUAUUGCAGGAGGUCAAGCCCCGCUUUAGGUUGCCAAAUGAUAAAACUUUUAACAUUUGAAAACUUGUUUCCAUCACUAUGACAUUUUGCUAAAACCUGUAGUAGAAUAACAGUGGCAGUCACAUUUUCCUGCAAAGAAAGAAAAGGGAAGCUAAGAGUUGUAAUAUUAUGGUAUUUAAAAUUAAUGGCUGAUGCAGGUAUUUAAUCCGCUGACCCCUUUAACUAUGCAGCUUCUUUUUUCCUAGAAAGAAAAUGAAGGAGAAAAGUCACUUCAACAAACAGAUCAGACGGAAAAAGAUAAACAGCAAGAUGAUGAAGGACUUCAACAGACAGAGCAAGCAUUUCAAGAAACAGAAACAAAUGAAGUUUUACAGCAUUCGGAUGAAGGGGAAACAAAGGAAAAAGACAGGUGAUUAAAGAAAAUGCUGUCUGUAAUUGUUUUUAGAAAAUUUGCUCUUGUGUUAACUCGAUUUUAGUGGAAUAUAUGGACUCAGCUUUCACAUGUUCUCCUUAUGCGCCUUUUGUUUAUCGCAUGUUUGCCCUGUAUUGACACUUUUCUGGAAACUUCUGGAAAAGGUUUGCUUGAGCAUUGAAACUGAGGACCAACUCAGUUGGUUAGUGUACAUGUGAUAGGUUAUGGGUUCAAUUCCCAGUCCUGACCUUAUAUACUUUUUUGACUUCUUUCCUUUCUGUGUAGCUUCAAGUAACAUUAAAUACCCGUAAAACUGAGCAGUGGUGGAGUCUGUGUUGCAGACGUAGUCAUACCCUGGUUUAUAACAUCCAUGUAACAGUACCAAGAUCCUUAUUCUGAGUCCUCGAUGGAGUCAAUAAAAUACUGAAAGUGUGUUUCAAAUUUUCCUUCAACCUGAUUGGCAAAUGGACAAGGCUUUUUUAACAGGGCAAUCAUGGGGCAUACUCAAAUCCUGGUACCCAGGUGGGGGCCAGAACAAGGAUAUUGGCAUUGUUUCAUAGACAGACCUAACCACAGGUUUAGUUUUUUCUGUGGCACAGGUUUAUGGAGAGAGGAAAUAAAAUAAGUGCAGCGUCAGCCUCAAGGCUGUUAGUCAGAUAAUGACUAUUUCAAGGUACCAGCAUAGAAUAAGCUCUCUUUACCUUUACUUAAAUAAAGACAAGAGUCUUUGUCUUUCCCUCUCAACAGUGCAACAGAACUACGCAGACGAAAGAGGGAAGAAAGAAAGCAAAAAAUAACAGGCCUUGUAGAAAAUAUAAAGAAAAAUGUGAAACGAGAGGAAGAUGCAAAAGUUUGGAAAUCAAGACUGAAGAGGACUUUGAUUGCUGUGGCAGUGUGUUCAGUGGUGUAUGUUACAUUUAAAUACUUGGCUUCUUGAUCAUCAGAGUACCUUGAGUGAAGUCAUGUUGCCAGUUCAGAGCCAAAUUCAACUGAACAGUAAUUUUUAUAUACAAUAAGUUGAGCCCUGCAGCCCACAAUAGACAAUGCAGUGCCGUGGAAUAAUUCUUUAUUACAAAGAUCACAGUAUGAUUAUUGAAACAAACACUUUUUAGCAAAAUGUUACUUCAGAGUUCCACAGUCCAAGACUCAUGACUUCUCACAUGUACAUUUUUGGAUAUCUGGCAAUCAAUUCAGAUUCAAUUUUAAAGCUGUUCCUGUUUUUACUAUUAAUUAGUAUAAAUUUGUACAGAUUUGAAGGUGUUGUUAAAAGGAAUAUUUAAAUCAUCAAUUAUGCAUGUUUUGAGCAAAAAUGUUUAAGUUUUGGGUUGUUGAUGCCAGAGUUUGGUAGAUUUUCUGAAGUUUCUUUGCUAACACAACGUCCUGACUUAUGAGAAGGAAAGUCAACUUGUGCUAAGUUCAAGGAACUGUUGGAAAAUGUGGUUAUGAUGUUCGUAGCAAAACAAGUUACCUUUAUUUUUAUACUGUUUUAAAUAACACUUUGUGUCUCAAUAAAGGUGCAAGAUGAUUUUGUUUUAAAUCUUCUCUUUU